UUGUCUAGUCCAAGCUACCAUUGUAAAAGCGUGCGAAACACAAAAUUAUAAACAUGGAUAGAAAGUCUAAAAAGUCUAGUGUGAAGGGAGUAUCUGUCACUUUUGUGGGUAAUGAUGACGUUAUGAAUCAUAUAAUGGAAGAAGUGGCAGAUACCAAGGUAAGGAAGAGUAAGGUUCAUACCUUAGCUCCCUCAGAAUCAGAGGUUCCAACUCCAAGCCGACCUGUGAGAACAUCACGGAAACGGGUCAACUAUACUGAGUUGAAAUCAACUCGGCCGGAGCGUGAUGAUAAGGAGGAAGAGGAAGAGGAGGAGAUGGAAGAAGAUGAAAGCGAUGAUGAGAAUGAGGAUGACGUAUUAGAAGCCGUUUCAGAAGUCCUUUUGGAUCGAGAUGGGCCAUUGGGAACGGCGGUGUACUCCUUUAAGGCCAAUAAGAGAUCUGGUAAGAUGGCUCAGGUAGCAGCACAGAGCGCCGACAGACAACAGGCAAAGAGUACAGCCAUCAAAAGAAAACACAAAAGACGGAUAGGACAGGACAAAGAUGACAGUGAUUUCUCCUCUGAUCAGAGCAGCGAUGACGACGACGAUUUUGGUGACAAGGAUGACAUGAACAGCGACACAAGCAGUGAGAGAAGCAUUACAAUAAAACGACCAAAGAGGGCGUCCCAUGCUGCCACCACGACUAAGAAGGAACAACAGACAAAAAGGGCCACUGCCAAGGGGUCAUCAGCCUCCCAAGCUAAGAAAGGAGACGGUGCUUCAAAGGGAGCAACCCCGGGUGGUGGUGUGAGAAAAUCAAAGAGAACAGCCGCUAAGGAUGACGUUUCAUCUAUGCAAUCAAACAUGGCGCAGGAAUACUUUGUGGCCCACGCAGGACAAGCGUUAACAUCAGACCACACCCUAUCGCGGCUAGACACUCCCCAGAUGGGUAGCGGACAGCUGGCCGAGGCAUUGGAGAGCGCCCCCAAUAGCUACACCAAGGAGAUGAGAGAGCUGUUUGAAGAACACUGCGCACUGUUCAACAAAUGGAUGUACCACUUGAGUAAUGACUUCAACAUUCUGCUGUAUGGCUUAGGAUCAAAACGUAGACUUUUAGAAGAGUUCAGAAGACGGCAGCUGAAGGACUACACCAGUAUUGUCGUCAAUGGCUACUUCCCUAGUCUUACAAUGAAGAGUAUUCUGAAUGCCAUCUCUGAUGAUGUGAUUGAUGAUGUGUGUAACCAUAGAAACAUGGCUGAUCAGCUGGAGUUCAUUGAGGAGAAACUGGACGAGAUGGACGAGCCUCUUUUUAUCCUCAUCCAUAACCUGGAUGGCAGCAUGCUGCGGGGAUCUAAGGUACAGUCGAUCCUGAGUAAACUUGCACAGGUCAACAACGUACACAUACUUGCUUCAAUCGAUCAUAUCAACGCUCCUCUUGUUUGGGAUCAGGAGAGGUCGAGUACAUUCCGCUGGAUGUGGUACGAUGUCACGACCUUUGACCCGUACACUGAUGAGACAUCGUACGAGAAUUCACUCCUCGUCCAACAAUCCGGUAUGCUGGCCCUCAGCUCCCUAACCCACGUGCUCCGCAGUCUGACCCCAAAUGCCAGGGGUAUUUUCAACAUCUUGGUGGAGUUUCAGAUGGAGCAUAAAGAUGAUGGCACUUACAAUGGUAUGUCAUUUCAAGAGCUGUAUCAGAAGUGCAGAGAGGCAUUCCUCGUCAACAGUGACCUGACAUUGAGGGCGCAACUUACAGAGUUCAGAGAUCAUAAACUUAUCAAGUCAAAGAAGAGUCUGGAUGGAAUGGAACUCCUUUCUAUUCCGCUGGAUAAUUCAACAUUAAUAGAGUUCCAACAGCAGGAAGAAUUAUGAAAGCUGUAGCUACAAAGACAUGAUGGUUUUAGUUAUACUGAAAUGAUCCAACAUUAAGAGUGCCAAGAAGAAGAAGAAUUGUAGCUACACAGAUUUAUGGUGGUCAGUGGUGCUGAAAUAAUUGAACAUUACUAGAGUCGGAAGAACAAGAACAAUCAUGAAAGCUACAAGGAAUUGUUUGGUUAUUUGGGCUGAAAUGUCUCAAUAUUACUCAUGUUCCAACAGGUAGAAGAAUUAUGAUACAUGUAGCUAACUUGCUAAAACUAAAGAUGAUAGAAGUGGUGAAAAAAACCUCAGCAGUUCCAACAACUAGAAGAUUUAUGAUAGCUCCAACAAUUGACAAUGGUUGUUUAUGAAAUGGCUCUACAUUACUAGAGUUCAGGAAUAAGAAUUAUGAAAGCUUCAAGGAGUCGUAAUGUUCAGUUGUUCUGAGAAGCUCAAUAUAAGGAGACUUCCAGCAAGAAGAAUUAGGUCUUAAAAAAAAAAAUGUUGUAUUGUCCUUUAGGUGCCAAAACAUGGUUCGAUCGGUCAAAAAUCU